CACACCCUGAAUGACGACGGCAGGCGUGCAGCCUCCCUGGAUACGGGAGGCGGGACUUCCGGUCACGCUUGGCAACUGGACCCUCUUGGAUUCUAGCGGCUGUGUGGACCGGAAGAGGCGAUCUGAUUCUUUUGGUUUCUGGUGACUGUUUGAACUGGCACACAUCAGAGAUGGAUUCAUCGCAGGGAGACUCUGAGCCGUGGUAUUCUCAGCGAGCAUACGCGCGCUACUGGCAGCAUUAUAACCAAGCCAUGCAGUGGAUGCGGAGGCACCAGAGUGCCUACAGGAAGGCCAUGUUGUCGUUCUACAAUUCCCCAUGGUAUCUGCCUGCUCUCCUUCCAAGCAGCCGUUACGCUGACUGGGGCGGAGAUGACCAGGCAGCCCAGGAGGGUCGUCUACCAUCCACGGGGUGGCACAGCAGGUCUCCGUAUUCCAGGUGGUCACAGCAGCCCCCUGCUCAUGCCCACAGCCACCGAAUGACCUCAAAAGAAAACCAAGCUCCCUCCACCGAAGAAGAGUCAGAUUCAGAUGGGGAAAUAGAAUGUGAUUUGAGUAACAUGGAGAUUACAGAGGAGCUCCGCCAGUAUUUUGCUGAGACAGAAAGACACAGAGAAGAGCUAAAGAGACAGCAGCAGCUGGAGGCCCAACACCAGGACGUGUAUGUGGAAGCUGACCACGACCUGCACCAGACCACGGGGCGCUCUGUGCAGCCUCCCUCCGAGAGGCCAGGAGAAAGGCGCAUGGUCGAAAUGAAGAAACUGUACGGGGACAGUGCUGCCAAGAUCCAGGCCAUGGAGACAGCCAUGCAGCUCACUUUUGACAAGAACUGUGAUAAAAAGCAGCCUAAAUAUUGGCCUGUUAUUCCUCUGAAGCUGUGAGCCACAUGAAGCCCCUUGCUGGGAGGGAGCCAUCAGCUGACCCUCCAGCUGCCCAGCGUAAUGAGACUCCAGGCUUAUUGAUCCUCUUCCCUUCCUCUUUCUAUUUGGAUGCAUCUCUCCUAGCUUUAUAUUUUUUCUAGUUCUCAAGAAGAGUUGAAACUUUUUUCCUCAAGACAUUUUGAUUUAUUUUGGCCCCCUCACUGAAAGGCAAAAAGAAAUGUAGCCUCUUUUGAAUAUAAAAUGAAAAAUUCUUAUAUUUCCAUUAAUCCACACUGAAGAUGUGUUUAACUAAACUGAACCUUCUUUUGUGAAUUUUAAACAUUUUUUGUUGUGAAAAAUGUAAAUAUUGUAAAUUCCAGAGUAUUUCUAUUUUAAAUAUAUCUUAUAAUAUUGGCAUACCUCAUUUUACUUUGGUAUAUCUCUAAAGUUUUUGUUUCAGUUUCAGAACACAAGUUAACAAAAAAAGAUUCCUCUUCUGUAGUUAUAAAAUAUUUGUCAUAAAAUGGGGCACACUCAUUUUAGAGUCUGAUUUCCCAUUGCAAAUUUCACAUUAAACAUUGAAGUUUUAUUUGCGUCACAGUAUUGAUAGUGUUUGUCUUUAAUCUGGUAUACCACUGACUCUGCUCCUGAAAUUAGGGUAUUAUGUCAAUGAUGCCACAACCAGUUCUUGAGUCUUAAUCGUUAAUACUGAACCUCCAAAGUAUUAACAAGAGUCAUGUAUUUGCAACCUAUGUGAACAGUUAGGAGAUGUUAACCAUUAGAAAGAAGGGUUUGGACUAUCUUGAUAAAAUAAACAUCUUAUUUCUGAUAUAAGCAAUCA